AUGCUGCUAAAAAUCAGAGGUGAGUGGGACUAUAUACACAAAACAGAGUUAGAGAACACGCGCACGUGGCUGGCACUCAAUCAAGGCUACAUAAACAAGAGAGGCUACGAGUUCCUCAAAUGGCGCUUCAGUAAUACCUCCGACAUAUUCCGCACAUACGACAACCUACACAACGUCGGUAUGAGAUCUGAUUUCCUCCGAUAUCUUCUGCUUGAAGCCGAAGGUGGGGUCUACACUGAGACCGACACUAUAGCCCUCAAACCCAUCGACUCAUGGACUCCAUUCCAUCUGCGAGACAACACCCGCCUGGUCAUAGGCACCGAGUAUGACCAGCGUGAUGGUAGGCGAUGGGAAGACUUACCUCAUCCGUGGCAGUUUGCCCAGUGGACGAUUGCCUCAGCACCUAGACAUCCCGUGCUUCAGAAAGGGCAGAUCGCGUAG